AUGGCUCUCAAUAUGAAUACGAAUCUGAUCAUUACUACUCUUGUGACGAUCUUGAUUUCACAUUUACCUUCUUCCUCAACAGUGGAUCCUGAGCGGCCAACAAAGUCUGUAAUCGACAUAAUCUGUAGCCAAACAGUCAACUUCAAUGAGUGUGAAUCGAUUGUCACGUCACAGCUCGACUCGUCCCAUACAGAUAUCGAGACCAUAACGAAAGUAACGACAAAAAGAGCUCUGACCUAUGCUAUGGAGACGGUUUCUCAUAUCCAAGACUAUCUUCUCCCAAAUACAACAGAUUCUCGGGACAAAGCUGUUUUCUCCGCUUGCAAGAUCGCGUACAACGCCGUGGUUUCUCGUCUUCAGAGUGCUUAUGCGUCCAUGUAUGAACGUGAUUACGUGGCAAUGAAGGCACAGCAGAAACAAGCACUUAGGUAUAUUGAGGUGUGUGUUAAGAGGACUAACUUCUUUCGGCGGACUCCGUUUGUAGCAGCCAACUAUUAUGCGAGGUUGAUGGCGAUGACUGCCUCCAUUUCAGGCCAGAUCCUUUGCUCUUCCUACAACCGCGACCCCUGUUAG